UGAAUACAGUCACAUUCAACUGUACUUACCUCCAAUUACCUACAAGGGACGUAAAUUUACCUCUGUCCUAUUGAGAGGCCUUUUGUGUACAACAUCUGGACAUGUGGAUUUCAGUCCUCUGUAGUCCACCAGGUAAGACGUACAGUGAAAGCAUAACCCGGUCAACUUGAGGAAUAACCUAUCCGUUGUGCGGUACAGAGGAUGAAAAGUGUACCUACUGUAUUGUACACAUGAUGGACUUAAGUAGUUUUGUUGUGAAGUUGAGAGGAGAGUUUUGUUAAAAUAUACAUUGUAUAUGAAAACCGUCAUCAUGGGGGCUGUUUCCAGGGCGACCUUGGUGCAAGUGACCACGGACAUUACAGUGUUUAUAAUAGUGACAAUAUUUGCCCUGCUAUUAUCUUUCAACAAACUGACAGCAAUACAGCCCUACAUCCGGGGAUUUUUCUGCGAUGAUCAAAGUCUGAUGUAUCCGUAUAGAGAUGACUCUAUUUCCACUAUUACAACCGCCAUCUUGUCGCUACUUCCUCCAACUAUCAUAAUACUAUUUACAGAGGCAUUUUUGUCGAAAAAUGACUCCAAGAGAAUGCGAAUUUUUGUGAAGAACUGUUACAGUAUGAUUGGUUGCUUGUUCCUAGGGUUUUCUUUGUGUGUACUAUUUAUUGAGAUUGUUAAGAUGUUUGUGGGUCGUUUGCGGCCUCACUUCUUCUCUGUGUGCCAACCUUCAUUUUCAUCCACGAACUGUUCAAGGAAAUUCAUUACAAACUACAGCUGUCAAGGGAAAGAUCUUGAAAGCAUAUCAGAUUCAAAGAAGUCUUUUCCGUCAGGUCACAGUGGCGCCGCCUGGAAUGGCAUGGUGUUCUUAGCAAUAUACAUACAGAUCCGUGUUCGUCGUCACUGGCCACGGCUUCGUGUCGCCUGCCCCCUGCUGCAAUUUGUAGCCGUAAGUGUUGCAGCUUAUGUCAGUAUCAGUCGUCUGCAAGACUACAAACACCAUACUGGUGACGUCAUUGGGGGCGGCAUCAUUGGAAUACUUUUCACUAUAAUUGUGAUGUAUCAAAAUCCAAAUGUUAAAAGGCAUUUUCUUCACCACUAUGAUCAAGCAGAUUUGGGUGAAACUAUGGACACCGUAGUAUGCAUGGAGCUACACCAAGAAAAUAAAAAUUCCGCAGAAAUCCCAACGAUAAAUGGUCAAGCAAAGACCUAAUACCAAGGAUAUCGAGAUUCAUUGACAUCUAUUAUGUUUUUAUAAAUUGUUAUUACUUUUAUGACUCAAGUUACUUCUUUCUUUUUGGUGCUAUAUACACUGUAUUUCAUUCUUAUAACCAAACAAAGUUCAUAAUACAUGUGAUCGACAUUUUUUGAAGUUUUGUAAAUAUCGCCUAACUUUAUAAAUUUGGAAUGCUUCUGAAGAGUAGGUAAUUAUUAUAAAGAGUCAUUAAACAGUCAUGAUAAGUGUUUUGCUUCACAAAACAAUUCCAGACUCAGGGAAAAUAUACAAAGUUAUGUAGCGUCAGCUAAACAUAAAUGUUUGUAAUAAAAUUCCUGAUUUCACUCAUUGAUAAAUAAACACUGAAUAUACAGUCAUGUAAUCGAAUUAGUUUAUAGAAUACGCAGUGUUAACAAGUUGUGAUUUUAGUCUAGAGAUCUUUUUAAAAUAAGACGUGUAAUGCUGUGGAUACACUAUAUGUAUACACUUUGGUAAAAAAUUGCUUAAAUUUCUUCUAAAACUAAAUUUUUAAAAGGCCAUCAUGAAGCCAUCCCUCCACCUUUGUGGAUGACAUCUUCUUUCCGUUAUUUUUUUUAACAUACAGUCUUGAUCUGAUGGUUUAUAUAGGGGUUGAAAAACUUGUAAAUUAUUGUGUCUUCUUCAUCAAGAUACUUUGGCUUUACUAUAUACCAAAAGAAAGUGUUACGGAGUCGUGUGUUUGAUCUGUCUUGGUAUUUAACAUUUAAAAAAACAAACAAACAAACAAACAAAAAACCCAACGUUCUAGUUCUUCACUUCAACCUCUUCAGAAAUACAGCAACUGCAUUAACAUUUUUUAUACUUAUGAUGAAAAUUUAUAUUUUACCGAAGAGUAUAAAAGUAAUUUAUCGAUCAUCAACAUUUUUUUUUUUUUUUUUUGGUUAAGGGUAUUUAUUUUCCACUUGUAACAUAGCACGUUAACACCAAAUCUGAAGAUUUACAUUAAAAAGUAAUUUUUACAUGAUUGGUUAAAACAAAUGUCCAGAUGAUGUUUUAUU